UUUACCCUCUGAUGCCCUCAAGAUGGAAUCUGUUACUGCCAGCUGUCCCUGCUCCCUGCUACCUGCUGCUAUUUCAGCUUUUCGAUUCGACAGAUGGCCUUGCUGUAUUCGGAUAAUCUUGUGUCGAUAUCUAUUCUUGUCCGGACAGAAUUCUGUCAUCAGGAGACUUCGAAGUUGUGUUGUGGCGAGCGACUUUGGGGUUAAGAUGGCCUCGAUUUCGUGAAGACCCUUUAAUAACAUAGAAUUCUAACCGAAGUAGUCCCCUACGUGUUCUUUCCCUUCCUUCAUGCCAUGUCGUCCGUCCCCAUUGCUCAGCUGACUGGUCCGUUGAUUAUCGGACAUUUUUUUAACUGGGGACUUUUCGGUGCCUUAACUCUCCAAGCAUACAUAUAUUAUAUAGCUUUCCCCACCGACCGUUUUUUCCCUACAAAAGCUUUGGCUUUGGUUAUAUACCUGUUUGAAAUCGCGCAGACAUGUAUAGCCACCAGUGAUGCAUUUAGGAAUUUUGGCACGGGUUGGGGCAAUCUGAUACAACUUGACGCGCUUGGGACCUAUUGGAUCAAUGGUCCGCUAAUGACCUCACUCGUCAGCGCUACCGGACAGUUUUUCUAUGCCUGGCGUAUCUGGAUUUUGACCAGGGAAUUUUGGGUUCCCUCCGUCAUCGUAUUGCUUUCUUUGACCCAAGCUGUUGCUGGUAUAUAUGCAGGCGUAUGGGCAGCUGAAAUUGGACACUUCUCCGAGAUACAGACAACGACGUAUGUGGUUACUUCGUUGUGGCUUGCGGGGACGGCUUCGUGCGACGUGAUCAUUUCCGUGACCAUGACCUGGAGUUUGUUAAGAGCACGCUCCGGGAUCCGGUCAACAGACAUUCUCGUCAUCAAGAUUGUUAGACUAACGGUCGAGACUGGCUCAAUAUGUGCGGCGUUUGCGAUCAUCGAUCUUGUAUUUUAUCGGGUGUAUCAGCACAACAACUUCCACCUCGUGCCUUCUAUAGCGCUCUCAAAGUUAUACUCGAAUAGUCUGUUCGCGGUCCUCAACUCCAGGGUGCGGAUCGUUGGCGGGCGUACUGGAGACAGUACCGCCCCAGAUCCAACGCUGUCAGUCAACGCGGGCGCAGCAGCACGGCAAGCUUUGUCAGUGAGACAUCGUCAGCGGUCGAAAGUAAACUUUCAUACGGAGGCAGAAGCGCGUCCAAGUCGGGAUACCUCGGACGAGGUGCUUGAUGCUCGCUCACUGCGUCACGAGGCUCACGAGAUGGAACAGGUGAAGGUUCCUUCGUACACUGCUGUAUAGACCUACAUCUUUUCGUUUGUAUGUGCUAUGAGUAUUUACUGGCCGUCCGCUGUACAGUGGUUGGGAUAUUAGACCUGUAGCUUAUUCAACGGAGCUCCGUUUAUACUGUAACAUAUUAUCUGUAUAAGUAGCAGAAGAACAUUAUAGGAGGGAAUAAUACCAUUCGAUUCGUCGAGUGCAUUGGCU